AUGUGCAUUUUGCCUAUUCGGGUCCCCGCCAUCCCGGGGUACGACUUCCAGGUGGUCCCGCCGGCCUCGACUCUUCCUCUUGACAAAUCCGUGAAGUCGGCUUCCAACUGUGGUCUCGACUGCUUGAAAUAUACGCAUGGCUUUGACCACGGCGAAUUGCGACGUGAGCGCAAGUAUUUAGACAGCCAAGAUAUCCUCGAAGAGUGA